UCGAAAUGGAAGCAGAGAAAAGAGAUGGAGAUGACGUGAUCUUUGCAGCAGUGGACAGUCAGACUAAAAAGCGGGCUUCAAACUACAUUCCUUUGUCUUUCCAAUGCAAAAGAUCUAGAGUCAUGGUUGUAGUGACUGCAGUAGGUGUCUGUGCCGUUAUUGCAGUUGGUGUAUCAUUGGCCGUCAUACUGACGCCUUCUGGUUCAACUUCUCAUUCGCAAAAGCCAAUUUCUUUAGUUUGCAGUGCUGUUGCAAGCGACCGGCGGUUUGAUUGCUUUCCUGUAGCUGCGGGAGCUGAGGGGGCGAAGGGUGAAGAAGAUUGCGUCAGUCGUGGAUGUUGCUGGGACGCUGAGCAGUCGGUUAAGUGUUACUAUCCAGACGGGCCGAGACAAGUACAUCUUGCUUUGACUGGGACUCCUAGUGAGAUGCUCGUUUCGUGGUUGGAACUUGGAGCUGCUAAUGAUUUAGAUGAUGGCGGAUUGGUGAAGUACGGCAGUGUUUCUGGUCAAUACACUAUGCAGUCUCUAGCAAAAUCUAUUCGCUACAGGCAAAGUCCUCACAAAAUUUUUAGAUCUGUUUUGACCGGAUUGGAACCCAAUGUUACCUACUUUUACUCUGUCGGAAGAGCCGGUAGUAUGAGUCAAGAGUCCAGUUUCGUAAGCUCUCCAAGAAGAGGUCAAGGACCUAAUGAGGUUAUUAUAUAUGGAGAUAUGGGGUAUUACGACCAAGGAGCAAAAACUGGGCAGUUGGUCAUUAAUUAUAUGAAGACUGUUCAUGCACCGGUAGUAAUUCAUGUCGGUGACAUUUCGUAUGCUGAUUUUCGCGGUCAGAAAGAUUUAACAAAAGACUCAUUACUUUGGGACUUGUUCUUCCACAGGAUUGAGCCGAUUGCUAACUCAGCACCAUAUAUGGUUUGCGCGGGUAACCACGAUGUCGGCCCAAAUAAUGACACAGGAAUGCAGUGUGGAGUCGGAUAUAUUUAUCGCUUUAAAAUGCCUAGUCAGAAUGACACAUUAGCCUCCGAUCUAAACUGUAAGUCAAGCUAUGCAACACAAGUGUGGUACAGUUUCGACUAUGGUCUGGUUCACUGGACUGCAAUUAGUACUGAGCAUGAUUUUUCUAAAGGAUCAGAGCAGUACGAUUGGCUUGAACGGGAUCUGAAUGUUGCAAACAAAUCUCGCGACAUUGUCCCGUUUCUCUUUGUAUACGGUCAUCGUCCAAUGUAUUGUUCUCACGGGAGAGGUGACUGUGAAACGUUUGCAACAAAACUACGGAAUAGCAUCGAAUCUCUUCUCGUCAAAUACCAAGUUGAUAUGGCCGUGUGGGGCCACGUUCAUGCGUACGAAAGGACUUAUCCUGUUAUCAAUUCUAGGAGAACUCUGACCACUACAAAUGGACCCGUCCAUCUCGUAGUCGGAAUGGCGGGUGCUGAAUUCAUUGGCGGUUUUGAUCCUAAACCUGUGUGGUCAUCACAUCGAGAACAGGCAUUCGGCUAUUGUCGUGUUCAUGUUGUCAACAAAACAGCUGUAAAGGUCGACUUUGUUGAUGAUAGUAAAGGCUAUCAACGUGACUCUUUCUGGCUUACAAAAUAGGGUUUUUGUCUUUUGGUAUUGAUUACAGUGAGAACGAUUAUUACAUGGGUCUUUGUGACUUGUACUACUACAUUUUAGUGUGUCACUUGUUACUGCAUAAAUAUUAGUAAAUUUUUAGAUGCUUGAUGACAACAGCUACAAGUAGUUUACAACUUUUUUCAUUGCUUGUGCGUAUUUGACUGCAGAUAGAUACAUGAAUUUGUAGCUCUGUAACUGUUAGUUUUUAUAGUAUAUUUGUUGUUCAGUUCUAUACACAGGUCACCAGCUGUGACUUUAGAGUUUGCGUUACCAAUUUGCCUCGGACUCCACACCCCGCUGCGCGCAUUUUUUGAUACUGAAUUCAAGAAUAAAAAGGUCAAACGAGUGUCAGCGCUACAGCGCGAGUAGCGCAUGGAUUUAUUUAGUACGCGAAAUAGAA